CUAUAACCUCACUUUUCUAAAGUGACAGUUUUAUUGUUGUCAAACAUUCCUUUCUAAACUCUCUCAAGUCAUUCAAUUUCUACGUAUCGAACAAUAGGUUCUUGCUUCUAGAUUUAUCUGUAAUGACCUAGAUAAAAAUUAAUCUCUAUGUACAGUGUUCGGUCAAUCACAUUCGAUAGAAUUAAAAGCUAGUGAAGCAAAACUAGUAAGCCACGUUAAAGGAAAAAUAGUACAGACUUUAGAAACACAAAUUUCUUUCUAUUUUACAUAAAAAAAAUGGGAGAACAAGUUUACGAAUUCAAUGUGGAAAUGACUUGUGAAGGAUGUGCAGGUGCUGUUAAAAGAGUUCUUAAUAAAAAUGGUAUAGAAAAUUUGCAUAUUGACGUGCCCAAUAAGAAAGUAAUCGUGACAACUCCAUUACCUGCAGAUUUAAUUUUAGAAUACUUGAAGAAAACUGGAAAAACUAGUUCUUUCGUUGGUACAAAAUAAGACUUUCUUUUAUAAGUAUUUUUUUAAACAAUUUUAUCUUUUUAAUUUUUUUUUUUAAACUGUUUUAUCCUUUAAACUACUGAUGAAUUUUAUAAAUGUGACCCUCUACAAAAGGUAAUAAAAAUUUCUUUUAAAUUUUCUA